AUGGCCAGGAUGGAAGCAAUGCUUGCUAGCCUUUGCAAAGAAGUUGAAGACAUAAAGAAAUUCAAGGAGGAAGUAAUAUCCAAUCGGCAAAAUCAAGACGCUGCCACUCAGAAGCUUGAAGCACAAGUUGGAUAUUUGUCCAAACAAACCUCGAGCUACAGUUCCAGCAGUGUCACCAAGACAAUUUCAAGGGAGGAAUGCAAGGCUAUUACCCUCAGAAGUGGAAGAGAGUUGGAAGAAAAGUCAAAGGAAACUAAAGAAGAGAAAGCAGAGGAUAGUUCAACUGACAAGGAAGAAGCACAGAUGCCUACUCCCAGUUUAGCAGAGGAAGAGGAAGUUUUAAAGCCAUAUGUCCCAAAGGCUCCUUACCCUCAACGCCUAAUGAAGAAUGCUAAGGACAGCCAAUUCUCUAAAUUCUUAGAGAUCUUCAAGAAACUUCAGAUCAACAUUUCCUUUGCUGAAUCACUAGAGCAAAUGCCACUCUAUGCUAUGUUUCUGAAGGAAUUGAUGACCAAGAAAAGAAGUUGGAGGAAUGAUGAAACUGUGAUACUUACUGAGGAAUGUAGUGCUAUUAUCCAACACAAGCUACCUCAAAAAUUAAAGGACCCAGGAAGCUUCCAAAUUCCCUGUAUCAUAGAGGAAAUAACAGUUGAGAAAGCUUUGUGUGAUUUGGGAGCUAGUAUAAACUUGAUGUCCUUGACUAUGAUGAAAAGGAUGAAGAUUGAGAAAGCCAAACCAACAAGAAUGGCCCUCUAA